AUGAAGGAUUUGGGAUCUCUCCGUUACUUCUUAGGCAUUGAAGCAACCUUUGAUUCCUCAACCAAGAAGUUGUUAUUAACUCAGAACAAGUAUUCUUUGGAGUUACUAAAGAAACAUGGUAUGAUUGGUUGUAAGCCUUGUAAGACUCUUGUUCCUCAAGGCCAAAGAGUAUCACUAUAUGAUGGCACUGCCUUAUCAGAUGUUACUUCUUAUAGAAGCCUAGUGGGUGGUCUUCAAUAUCUGACCCUUAGUAGACCUGAUAUUUGUUUUGCUGUCAACUAUGUCAGCCAAUUUCUACACAAACCUAUAGAUGUUCAUCUUCAAAUGGCAAAGUGUAUAUUGCGUUAUGUCAAGGGUUCUCUUGGUCAAGGAAUUACUCUCAGUGAUGGUAAUUGUUCAGAAUUACAAGCUUUUAGUGAUAGUGAUUGGGCAGGAUGUUCAGAUACUCGCAAAUCUACUUAUGGCUAUUGUGUCUUUGUAGGUGGUAAUCUUGUAUCUUGGUCCUCUAAGAAACAGUCUACAAUAUCACGCUCUUCUACAGAGGCUGAGUAUCGUGGUCUUGCAAAUGCAGCAGCGGAGAUUCUAUAG